UCAUUCACUCAUUCAGUUGUCAAAGUUGUUGGACAAUGGUCGCGCGGCGCUUUGGUUGAACUUAUUUAGUAAAAAAAACGUAAAUGUGAAUAAUAAUAAACACGAAUAUUUUUUGUUACAAUAGAGCCACUUUAGUGAACCAAGCAUAUUGUUUGAUAAUCGUGAUAGCUAGCUUGUAAAUAUGCUAAAUAUGGGAAGCAAGGGGUUGCGUGCGGGCUUGUGUCAGUGAUAUUGAUUUAUUUUAUUUCGCGUAAGAACAAUCGAAAGUGAUGUAGGUCAGUGCAAAAGUGAUAUAAAUAUACAUACAAGAUAAAUGGGACAGACCUUGGGAGUCGGGGGACAGUGGAAAUGAUGUGAACUCAAUAUGAAAACCAAAAGUUUCCUCUUGUUUUCUACGUCUGUGUUCGCAACAAGUAUAUUUUUGAUCGUGUUCCACACGCAGCAGCCGCAGUCGAUACAGAGCAUCGUCACUCAGACCCAUCAACACAUCAAGGACUUUCAGUUGCACCCCUCACAGGAGAAGCUGAAGGAUGUGGAGCAGAGCACGCUGGUGGCGCGCGGGCGGUACUUCCAGCAGCUGGGGCUGGAGGGCGCGCUGGAGGCGUGGCGCAACGUGACCGCGCCGGCGCUGGUGUCGCACGCGCACGGGGACGGCCACGCCGCCGCCGUCGCCUUCAUUCGCGCCGCCGCCCGCCUUCCCCACACCGUGCUCAUGUACAACCUGGGACUCACUCCACAUUCUCUAGCUGUGGUGUCCAACUACUGCAACUCAUCCAAAUGUGUCAUCAUGGAUCUUGACCUGAGUGUGUUCCCGUCGCAUGUAGCCGACCUCAGCAUACAUGCUUUUAGACCCAUUAUUAUUCAGCACGCCCUGAGCCGCGUGGGCGGCGUGAUCUUCGCGGAGAGCGGGUACCGCUGGGGCGGGUCUGGGCGCGCGCUGGCGGCGCUGUGGGCGCGCGCGGCGGCGGGCGCGGGCGUGCUGGCGUGGCCGCGGCGCGCCGCCGUCACGUCGCUGACGCACCCGCGCAUGUUCCACUACUUCCACGCGGCGGCUGAAGACUUCCUGUUCGUGCAGAUGCUGGACGUGUCCCGCGUGCUGGUGGCGGCGCGCCCCGGCGUGCCCGAGCUGAUGAAGGCGUGGAUACAGUGCGCGGUCACGCUGGAUUGCAUCAUGCCGAUAGGUGCUCAGUCGGGCGGGUGUCGGUUCGACAAAAAGCCGCAGUACCGGUACUCGGGCUGCCACGGGCACGACGCCUCCGCGCUCAGCAUCAUCCUGGGCCAGCGCUUCGGCUUCGAGGAGGCGGCGUACACGGCGGGCGGCGACGAGUGGCGCGCCGUCGACGACGCCACGGCGCGGCGCGAGUAUGAUGAUCUGCUGCGGAACUCCACCGAGGCAGACGCCAAGACGGAGAGAACAGAGCCCGCGCCCGCCAACUCCUGAACGGGAAGUUUAUGACAGAUUGAGUACUGAACUUUAUCACGUGAUAUCAAUGUAGAUACACUUGUUUUGAUAGAAAAGGUUUUGUCGGCGGUUUCGGUUUAGUAUGUUUGUUUUUUAAACCAAACGCUUGUAGGAUUGAGUGGCGAAUCAACACACUUUGUUCUGCUCUAGGUGCCGCUGAUCACAUCUUGCCUUUCUCUUAGUCGAAUGAUACUGCUAACUAUAAUUAUUUAUUAUCAGUUGACGUUACGAUGUAUAAUAACUUUUGAUUCGGACUAAAUUGAUUGUUAUAAAGGCUAUAAAAGUUAUCGCGUGCGGCAUGGCGGCUAUCGAAGCGAGGAGCUGGGAAGGUGCAAACAAUACAAUAAUCCCACGGUGCGAUUUUCCUUAUCAAUAAAUCUAUAGUUCACACGGAGACGCUCUCGGCCCAUCUUGCCGCCAGGUCGCCUAUUGUUAGUGUUUCAAGUCACUACCAGAUUGACUGUUUUAUUAUUUAUUAGCGUCAAUAGAUAGAUACAUAAACGCUAAACGGAACUUUACAUUGUAUAGGACGACUGGGUUACGGUAUAAGCAAUAUAAGUAGAUGUCGUUUCGUCGUGCUACGCACAAAAAUACGGCUUUGAUGUGCCUGUGUGUCAGUUAAUACAGAUGAGUUCUAGCCAUGUGAUCAGCAGGCAAGACUACUUAGCAAGUCGUAGUGUACGCAGGCAAUAAGUACUGACUGUGAACGUAGUGUCACCGCCGGCGGUGACUAGGCUGGCAAUUAUCUACAAGGCGACACUCGUACUUAUCGCGACUUGAUUACUCCUUGUAGGUUCCAUCAGCUGUCACUACGCGCAUUAUAAUAGAUUUGUCUGAACAUACGUAUACUUCAGCCAAUUUGUACAGUCGUGUAUAUUUGUAGAAUUUGUCUCAAAUGCUCAUAUUUAAUGUCAAUUUAUUUCGAGAUGCGUAAUCGAUGUACUCUUUAGUAAAAUGGCAGUGUUCAAACCUUACAAUCCUUUAUUAUUAUUUUUAUAAUUUGAUGCACAACGCUGAGAUACUCAUACAACAUUAGUAUUUGUAUAUUUUAGAUUAUGUUUUGUAGCGUAUUGUUUAGUAGGUUUGAUUGUGUUGUACGUGCGGUGGAUGCGGCUGGUCCCCCCUGCUCGUGGGUCGGGAGCCCCCCCUGUACUGGGGGGCGUCCCCCCGCGGGGUGGUGGGGGGUGACGGUGAGGUUGUGAUACGUUUUAUCAGUUCCGGAUUAAUUAUUAUUUGAGUGUCAUACGUUAUUGUGAAUUUCAAAUGUGAUAUAUAAUAUUAGUUUAAUUUAUAGUAUAAAAUGUUGCGGCUGACUUUAGCUCUGCUCUGGACGCAUCUGGACUCGGCGUGAAAGCUUAUUUAUAACAAUUUACCUCCUACUUUGUGUAUUUCAUUUGUAUUGUGGCCGGACACAUUUGCUACCUCCGAACGCUUAAUUUUUGAAUCAUGUACUAAAUUGUAAUUCUUAAUAUUGAUCUGACCAAUUUUUCACUUGUGGCUUUGCUAAGCUGGAGUCCGGAGUGUCCCGGUGACGUCACUACGCGGCGGCGUGACGUCAGAGCGGGUCGGCCGCGGUGUACAGUGCAAGUGCAUGUCUAGUCGUCACCUACCAAAUAAGCAAUUCCAAUAUGGCUGUUACGCGCCGCUCGGCAUUAGCGCGCUGAACCUGCGCGGUCCUCCAAACUAGUUGUAGCAUUAUCGUAACAUACGUUUUGGCAUAAUUAAAUUGACAUAAGUACUGAAUGAAUUUGAUCUCUAUGCGGUGGCAUUAAGGGUCAUUGUGACUGGUGUACAGGGGCCCGAGAGAAGGCAGCUAUUGUAUUAUAGAUAAGGCACACGGCAUCUCCCUGCGAUGUCGUGCUCUAGUUCCGUCAAUUUCGUUAGAUGUUCAACUUAGGUAGAUAAUAUUGAAACAGUCCGUGAGCUCAUAGAAUAGGGUUCAGCAGAGACCUCUCCCGACUUGGUAAAGGGUUUUAUUGUGCUUGGAUUCAAUAGGAAACUGAUUAUACCUGUUGAAUAAUAAUCUAGGAGCUCGCAGACUGGUGUUGCAUUGCGAUGCGGUGCAAGUAGAUAUGUAAUUUGAUACCCGCCUCUGGCUGUUUUGAUAAACAUUUUGGAAAUGAUCUAGUGACGUAGCCGGUAUCGCGGCGAAACCAUUGAGAAAGAAACACUAGCUAAAGUUGCAUAGCUCUUAAUAUUACUCAUAUUUUAACAAUAUUACUCUGAUAUUUCAUAUUGUAAAGAGGUAUACUUACUUAAUCAUGUAAAAUUUUAGAACAAUUUGUCGUUGAACUGUUAUAUUAAAACAUUAUCUUAACGGGUGCAUUUUGAUGAGAAACACUGCAAAAAUUUUGGUUGCGUGAAAUGUGGUGAAGUGUUUUAACCUCGACUCCUAUGCAAAUAUUCUAAACAAACUGUAAUUAAAGCUAUUAUAUUUUUGAUGUUUUUAUAGUAUGAUACGACCAAUAAAAGCUUUGUAACCACUUUUCCCCCGCGGCCCGGCGGCGCGGGUCGCGGCUUCAACUAUAAACGCUUUAUGUUUUUAAAUGCAUCUGUUUUUGUAAGCUACUGCGCGCUUGUCGCCUGAACCCUAUUUUUGUACUAUUUAUUGGCAGCUCGUCCUGCACUCACUUCAACAGUCUCCGAAACGUUUCGAUUGAUAGAAUAAUAUCUACGUGAUAAAUAGAUAGCACACUAGGAACCGACUCAUAAAUUACUUGUUUAUCUGUAAAAUAUCAAUAUUAUAUAAUAAAAUUAUAGGUUGUCUGUACAAAAAUUGUAAAAAUCAACUGGCUGUCGGUACCUACUGCGGCCGUAGUGAGACGAACAAGCAAUAUGUACAUACUCGUGUAACUCGUGUUAUUAUGUGAUACUACAGCCGUCGGCGGCGAAUCAAGACAAUUCAUGUUACGUCUUCCCCGAGGCCCACACUCCGCCGAUGAGAAUGAAGAUUUUUAAACUCAUUUUAUUCACUCAUGUCGUCUCCGCUAAGCUUCGGUGGAAACCGCUAGGCGGAUGUAUGAGGUGCGCAGUGUGCAGCAAUAUAUUUGUUAUUGACCCGCUUCGGACAUCUCCGCGUCGGUGGAGUGUGGGCCCUACUCUGUGUUGUCGCCCUUCUCUGUCAACCCGGUAGGUAAUAAAUCAAAAUAUCUUGACUGAAUACGCCCGCUCUGAAAACAAAGUAACAUCUACUGUUGAACUGUUUACAUUUCAGACGUUUUUAUUGUGGGUGCAGAGUUGGGUUGUAAGUGUGCAGUCAAGUUCAAUAUUAAAAUUAUAUUUUAACAUACCGACAUACCUAUAAUAGGCCCAAGUACUCAAGUACACGGAGGCCACACAUUAUUGACCUCGGCUGUACCGACUGUGUAUGAAUGUAUUGUACAUAAAUAAGUAACUAAGUAAAGUUAGGUUCCAAAGUUCUUCUCAGCAAUAAUUCCGGCAGAUUUUAAGUAAAUGUAUAAACAUACGAAUUAUAUUCCAAGUUUGGAAACGAGGGAGCAUUUAUCCGCGAGCACAAUUAUUUCACUUUUGUUUUGUACGUUGAACGAGCCCACUCUUGUGUAAACAGCAAGUUGUGCUUCAUUUACAUGCGCAUAUCUCUUAUUGAUAGUGAGAAUUAUUUAUUAAAUGAUGAUUGAAUUAAC